AAAAAAAGUAAUAUCUGAAAAUAUAUACAUAACUAAUAUGAAAAUCAAUAACACUUAGAAUGGGAUCAAUCUUCUUACCACAUUUAAGAACUGGGUGGCACGUUGAUCAAGCCAUUCUCUCUGAAGAUGAUCGAUUGGUAAUAAUUCGUUUUGGUAGAGAGGAAGAAACUCAAUGUAUGAUAAUGGAUGAAAUAUUAUAUCUGAUUAGUGAAAAGAUAAAAAAUUUUGCCGUUGUAUAUCUAUGUAAUAUAGAUAAAGUACCAGAUUUCAAUGCCAUGUACGAACUAGAUCAAGACCGGUCGGAGCCAUUUACAAUAAUGUUUUUCCAUCGAAAUAAACAUAUGAUGUGUGAUUUUGGGACAGGAAAUAAUAAUAAAUUGAAUUUUAUGAUAAAUGACAAACAAGAAUUAAUUGAUAUUAUUGAAACUAUUUAUAGAGGUGCUAAAAAGGGUAAAGGUUUAGUCGUAAGCCCCCGAGAUUACAGUGCAAUUAGAAGGGAUAGGUAGAAAUUAUAUAUAUAUAUAUUAAUUUUAUGAUAAUCAUAUAAGG